UCUUUUCUCCCCCAUCCUUCCCUCAUCUUCCCUCCUCUCCCUCACGCGGAGAGCGCGCGAGAUCCGGCGAUCCGAACCGAUGAAUGCGCCGUCGACGGCGGUGGGCCUUAGCUCGGCGGACCGCCACGUCCUGACCGCGGUCAGCGUGGGCGCAGCAGCGCUCUCGCUCGCGGGGUCGGCCUUCAUCGUCCUCUGCUACCUCCUUUUCAAGGAGCUCCACAAGUUCUCCUUCAAGCUCGUCUUCUUCCUCGCCCUCUCCGAUGUGUUUUGCAGUUUCUUCACCAUUGUUGGGGAUCCAUCUAAUAGAUUCUUUUGCUAUGCUCAAGACUACAGUGUACAUUUCUUUUGCGUGGCUUCAUUCUUGUGGACAACAACCAUUGCAUUUACUCUUCAUCGCACUGUUGUGAAACACAAAACAGAUGUGGAAGAUUAUGGAUCAGUCUUUCACUUGUAUGUUUGGGGUACUUCGCUUGCUACGACUGUAAUACGUUCGAUAGGCAGUGAUUAUGGACGACCAGGGGCAUGGUGUUGGACUGAGCCUGCUCGAAGUGGGAAGGCAUCUCACCUAAUAACUUUUUAUGUGCCAUUAUGGAGUGCUAUACUUUACAAUGGGUUUACAUACUUUCAAGUGAAUCGCACGCUAAGCAAUGCAACACGGAUGGCGGUGGCCUUGUCCGAGCAACCAAACCAAUCUGACAUGAGGGCAGAAAAGAAGGCAUUCAAUAGGUGGGGCUACUAUCCUUUGAUUCUGAUAGGAUCUUGGUCGUUUGCAACAAUCAACCGUCUCUAUGACUUCAUUAGUCCAGACCACAAGAUCUUUUGGCUUUCGUUCCUUGAUGUCGGGUUUGCUGGACUUAUGGGACUGUUUAAUUCAAUUGCUUAUGGUCUUAACUCAUCUGUACGACGAGCGGUCACCGAAAGAAUUGAAUUAUGGAUCCCCGAGAAAUAUAGAAGGUGGCUUCCGGUUUCUUCAAAGCUAAGAAGUCGACAACCAGAAAGUGAGCUCACUUCACUAAUAGUUGCAAGCCAGCAGUAACUAUGGUCUGCUGCUAUUUUGGUCCUCCAGUGUACUUGCUUCCUCAUAGAAGAGCCACGAGGAUUGGAAGUAUCAUAGCUAUUGGAAAAACUGCUUUUUUUUACUCGAGUUGCCCAUUCCAGUGACAUCCUUUACCCAAAAUC